GUACAAUUGCCACUAGAGCAACCGGCAUCAUUAAAACCAUCGAUUACUUUUCCAAAUGAAAAAAUGAAUCAGUCAUUCCAGACUCAAAUAAUGAAAAUAGACGGCGCGUAUAAACCAUCCGCUGUUGUUACUACGACUAGGAUCCAUGAAAAAACAUGUAAAAAUAAGGAACAAACAGGUGGAGAGUUAAGUAAUUUUGAUAAAAUGUCAUUUGAACAAUAUUUGUAUAGUCUACCUCAGUAUACUACUUGUGAAGUAGUUAGUAGUAUAAGUCCAACUGAUAAAACGUUUACUCAGGAAACUACUCAUAAAACGAAAGUUUCUGGAUUUAAAGAAGAUAUUCCUGGAACCAAUCAAAUAACAACACGAAAAGAUAGAAUUAAAAAGACUAGAAAACGUAAGUUAGGGAAGGAAGAGUUUUCGGAGGAGAAGUAUGAUAAUGGUGAUGUUAAUCGUAAAGACAUUUGCGAUAAUAAUAUUGUGAAUAACGAACCUUGUGUUUUAACAUACCUACCGAGAAUGAUAGAUAACUCACUUUUAGAUGAUCAAAUGUUAAAAAACGAUAUAGAUAUUGAUGGAGUCAACCAUUCUGAUGAGCAACUAAACCUAUCACUAUAUUCUAGUUCUUCAGUUCUCAACAGAACAAUGUCGUAUAAUGCUAGUCAGAUUCUCGUACAAGAAUCUGAUGAAGUAAAAAAUUCUGUAGUUCAAAACAAUGAAGUAAUACUGAGUAAUAACUUAUGCUGGUCUUCAACUGACGAUAAUCGGAUGACUAGUUUAGGCAAUGAAUCAACAGAAACAAAUGACCUGAUCAACAUCAAUGAUACAGUGAAACACGGUGGUGAUCUGGAAGUAAUACUCAAAUCAGAUGAAAUAAUCAGUCACCCAAACAAAUCAGCUAACUCGUCAUCAUGCGUUACUUCACAUUUAAAUAAUCCAAUAUCAGUAACAGACUCAAACACUGUUACUAAUCAGUGUGACAGACGUUCUGUCGAUGGUAACUUGAAAAGUUCUCAUCAUAAUGAUAAGCAAAUGACUAUACGUUUUGCUUUACCAGAUACAAGAUUAUUGAAAGAAAAUGAUAAAAGUUAUUUUCCCAGUACCGGCAUUAGUCCCGAAGGAACUUCACCUAUUGUUGACGUGUGCACUGAAUUAAAAUCUGAACAGGAUACAGAAACAAAUAAAACAAAGAAGCAAAUUUGUACGGAUAAUCCAACUAGUAUAAGUUUGGAAUCAGCGAAAUCAUUAGUUAGAAGUAACACAAAUCGGGAUCGGAAUAUUGGAACUGAUCAUUUUUCGAAAUCUACUGAAAACGCAGAAAAUAAGAAUGAUAAAGCGGAAAAUUAUAAUGAGGAAAUAAGUGAUAACAUAUCGAGGGACAAGCGUCAUUUCCCCCCUAUGGAUUCUGUUCAACACGAUAAAUUCAAUAAAGAUUAUGAAUGUCUAUCACCGAGUGUCUCUAAGACGACCAGAGAUGGAAUUCGUUCAUAUCAGCUAGAAAAUGUCAUACCAAUAUCCAAGGUUAAUCCACCACAGUCGGAUACAGAUGCGUUUGUGAAAACGACUAUCAAUAUUAUCAGUAAUAAUACUGAUAAUAGUAUGAGUUCACCAUCUUCACUCACAUCUAAUUUAAAUAAACCAAUAAACGAUCCCCAUAAAUUUACAUCGGCUAACAAGAAGUUACGUAAAGCAAACCGGAAGGCUGCAAAUAAUCAUCGAGUUAAACGCGUUAUGACUGGCAACUUGAAAAAACCCACUGAAAUCAAUAGAUCCCCCGAAGAUUGUCCAAUAAGUCAACCUGAGAGUUUCAAUAACAAACAGUCUAAUAUAUCUAUACAAUCUGAGCAGCGUUCCAAACUAGAUAAUGAUUCAACGUCACAUUCUCCAUCUACACGAGAAAUAUCGACUACAGAAAUCCCGACAACAAUAUCAUUAAAACCUGGUUUCUUUGAAAAAUAUCAAAUAAUGUCUGACCAUAACAAAACUCAACCAGAUUAUACUGAUCAGAAUGAAUUCGAUACUCCUGAUUACCAGCAUUACAAUUGUAAACCAAAUACUGAAAGUUAUUUAGUACCUACUACAUUGAUUGAUUGUACAAAUUUAUAUGAUCGAAAUGCUGAGACUUGUUUAACUACUCAUGAUCCAUCAGUCAUAUCGAUGGAAAAUGAGAAAAGAAAGACUGAUUCUCCAGUCAGAUUGGAACUAACAGGCAAAAAUGAUGGUGAUUCAUAUUUAUUCAGAAAUAAAUCUGAUACCAAGGAAAUUGAACAAUCUAAAUCCCCGUUAACUGAUACAUCAUAUCAAAUGGUACAUUUGAAUAAUCCUCCCACUGAUAUAAAACAUCAUGUAUAUAAAAAAGGGAUACAAAUGAGAGAAUCAUCAGUAAACAAUCUGAUAAAUACUUCUAAUCAAUACAGUGAGACUGACUUAUUAAAAAACAAUUUUAUCAAUCAGUCAGAACAUAUUUAUCAUCAGAGUAAUGAUGAGAAUAUUGAUAAAAAUAAUUAUGAUCAACAUUUAAUAAUACAUCAUCAAUAUCAUGAUAAACAUAGUCGUCAACGUCAUCUUCCGGAGCAUGCAAAUCACCAACAAGUAUAUAGAUUAGAAAAUGUCCAUGUUUUACGCAAAUUUCCCGUGAUAAAUCAAUAUGAUGAUCUUAAUAAAAAAUCAUCGGACUGUAAGAGAAUUAAUAACGAUAUUCAUGAUCGAGUAAACUUAUUACCUGAUAUAUUCAAUUCUGAAAGAUUGACAAAUGAAUCACUAAUCACUAAUAAAAACUGUUUAGAACCUAAAAGAGAACAGCAAGUAAUGUCAAUAAAUAUGGCUCGUGAAACUGAUUUACAUGAAAGGUGAGUUCAUACCCUCUCAAUAAUUAUCUUAAUUUUAAUUUUGCUUACUUAUUUAUCACCUAUAUUGAACGUCAUAUUGGAUACUUCAAUGUUCACUUUUAUCGUAUCUAACAAUUAAUUGAUGAAAAAAGAUUAAUUUCAAAAAUGUGAAAUUCCACAUAGAAUGAGGCCAAAUGGUGUUAUUACUUGGAGCGCUUAUCGAUAUCACGUGUUAAAUCCACCUAUCAGAAUUCUCUAUCUCAAGUUUACUGUUCUGUCUAUAGCCUAGCGUCUCAGAGCUAAUCAGUUAUAAGUUGACCUGCUCAGUUAGCCUUGAGGCAAUUUGAGUGACGUUCCUAAUUGAUCUUCCAUCCGCAUAAUUUUUCCCUAACCCCAUACUUUCAGUUCGAAGUGAAGACAGCAGCCAUCACCCACUACAUUGUAUUUCAAGCACACGUGGGUUUGUGUACAGCACAUACUAGACCGGAGCACACCGUAAAUUGAAACAUAAACAAGCUAAAAGUAGCUCUGAACAUAUGACUGGCAAUAAAAUAGGAAUAAUAUGUAGUAUAAUAAUGGUUAAUGGAUAGAGCGGAAGCUUACAAUAAGCAGAAUAUAAGAACAUAGUAAUCCUGUUACCUAAUGAUUACGCAAUAAGAAUAUACAAUAGUAGUGAUAAUUCAUAAAAUAGUUCAGGAAGUCACCAUUUCCUCAAUCUUUUUUUUCUGAUACAUCAAAUAGCUAAUGAUAAGCUAACUUAUAUUGUACAUAUUAUCCAAAAGCAUUUCAGAACUGCUACCAUAUGAUGAAGUGUUUUGUUUGUUUCUUUGGCAAUUCACUAUAUUGUGAUUUGUGAUUACAAUAAUAGAUUUCAAUUCCGAAUAAUACAUAUCAUUAUAUAAGUAACGUUAAAUAUACAAAACAUUAAGUUGCCCAAUGGUUACGCGCUCGUGGAGGGCGGGAUCGUGGAUGCACACUGCUGAGGAGUCCCAUACUAGAACGAAACGGCCGUCCAGUACUCUCAGAUUUUCCAUGGUGGUCUAGCUUCAAUUAACUCAUGGUUUCAACUAUUGAAAACAUUAAGUGUUUAAACCGAAAUUUAUUUAGAUUCGAAUACAUGUGUUUAUGAAGGAAUAAUAGUUGUGAGAAAGUGAUAUAG